AUGGUCGACAUGGGGGGCCUGGACAACCUGAUCGCCAACACCGCCUACCUGCAAGCCCGAAAGUCUUCGGAGGGAGACAGCAGGGAGCUACAGCGCAGGCGCCGGACCCUGAGGCUACCCGGGCCGCAGAGCUGUGCCCAGCUCCGAGAGGCCCUACCCCAGGACUUUGACAGCCUGUGUGAGCAGCAGCCCAUCGGCCGCCGCCUCUUCAGGGACUUCCUAGCAACCGUCCCCGCUUACUCAGAGGCGGUGGCCUUCCUUGAGGAGGUGCAUAGCUGGGAGCUGGCUGAGGAGGGCCUGGGUAAGAGCAGCGCCCUGCAGGGGCUCACAGCCACCUGCGUGGCUGCCCCAGCCCCAGGGCACCCACACACCUUCCUCAGCCCUACGCUGGCCACCAAGUGCCAAGCAGCCACCGCUGAAGAAGAACAAGUGGCUCUGGUGGCACUGGCCAAAACUGAAGCCAUGGCCUUCUUGCAGGACCAGCCCUUCCGGGAUUUCCUGGCCAGCCCCUUCUAUGACAAGUUUCUGCAGUGGAAAAUGUUUGAGAUGCAACCAGUGUCAGACAAGUACUUUACAGAGUUCCGGGUGCUGGGGAAAGGCGGUUUUGGGGAGGUAUGUGCCGUCCAGGUGAAGAACACUGGUAAGAUGUAUGCCUGUAAGAAACUGGACAAAAAACGACUAAAGAAGAAAAAUGGUGAGAAAAUGGCUCUCUCGGAAAAGGAAAUCUUAGAGAAAAUCAGCAGUCCAUUCAUUGUCUCUCUGGCCUACGCCUUUGAGAGCAAGUCCCAUCUCUGCCUGGUCAUGAGCUUGAUGAAUGGGGGCGACCUCAAGUUCCACAUCUACCAUGUGGGUGUGCGAGGCCUGACCAUGAGCAGGGUGGUGUUCUACUCAGCCCAGAUGACCUGUGGCGUGCUGCACCUCCACUCCCUUGGCAUUGUCUACAGGGAUCUGAAGCCGGAGAACGUCCUUCUGGAUGAUGUUGGCAACUGCAGGCUGUCUGACCUGGGGCUGGCCGUGCAGGUGCAGGAAGGCAAGCCCUUCACGCAGAGGGCUGGAACCCAUGGUUAUAUGGCACCUGAAAUCCUCAUGGAAAAGGCGAGUUAUUCCUACCCUGUGGACUGGUUUGCAAUGGGGUGCAGUAUUUAUGAAAUGGUUGCUGGACGAACACCAUUCAAAGAUUACAAGGAGAAAGUCAGUAAAGAGGAUUUAAAGCAAAGAACCCUGAAAGAAGAAGUCAGAUUCCAGCAUGAUAACUUCACAGAAGAAGCAAAAGAUAUCUGUCGACUGUUCUUGGCUAAGGAACCAGAGCAACGCUUGGGAAGCAGAGAAAAAACUGAUGAUCCCAGGAAACACCCUUUCUUCAACACCAUCAACUUUCCUCGCCUGGAAGCUGGCUUAAUUGAGCCUCCAUUUGUGCCAGAUCCGUCAGUGGUUUACGCUAAAGACAUCGAUGAAAUUGAAGACUUCUCUGAAGUCCGGGGGGUUGAAUUUGAUGACAAAGAUAAGAGGUUUUUUGAAAGAUUCUCAACAGGAGCUGUCCCCAUAGCAUGGCAGGAAGAAAUGAUAGACACGGGACUGUUUGAAGAACUAAAUAACUCCAACAGACCUGCCGGUUGUAGGGGAGGUAAUUCACCCAAGUCUGGUGUGUGUUUGUUAUUGUAA